AUGGAACCUUUUGAUUACAUUAAAUGUGUUUUAGAAAAUUUAAGUCUAAGAAAGCGAGAACAAAUCAAUUAUCUAAUUCCAAAUCUUCGAAAGAGCAACUCUCUUAUUCCAUUUAGUUUCGAAUCAGUCACAAUUGACAAUGAGUUCAUGAGAAUUGAUGAUAGAGAAUGGAAUAUACUGAAUGUUUAUGAGCAGGUGGAGGUGGAAAAUAGAGGAGAACUGAGCACGGACGUAGUGACGAUUCCGAACCUUUCAAGUAUUCGAUUCCGUGCUGAAAAUUAUAGUUUUAUUCAAACUGUUCCUGAAAAUCCACCUGAGGUGUUCAAAAAACUUGUCGAUGAUUAUUUAAGGUCUGGAACUAGAAUACGGUAUCUGGAAAUUUACAGUUUUCCACAAUGUCUUGAAAAUAAGGACGCAGAAACAUAUAAGCUUUAUGUAGACGAGCUGCAGCUAGAGCGUACCGACUAUGAUGAAUUCAAAAAAUUCUUACCAAUCAUCGGAAGCCAAGUUCGGAAGGUUAACGUCAAGUAUCGAGAAUCUACUAAAGAAAUUUUGAAGGAACCAUUAAUUAUUAACUGUCUGGAACUCUCCAUAAAAUGCGCAAUCAAUCAUCAAGAAAAUCUAGAAGAUCUUCUUCUAAGUCUCCGUAACAUGAAAAUUUCGAUUGUGUCCUGGAACUUCGAUAAGGCAAACAUCAAAGACUUGGCAGCAAAAUGGAAAGACAUUCAGAAACCGAUUGGGAGCAUUUUUACAGUUACUAUAAAAGAUUAUGAUUAUAUUCUUGAUGUGUUCGAUGUUUUGAAACAAGAUCUAGAAGCUGUUCCAUCAAAAGUAAAAAGUUUUGGAAACACAUUCUUCUCUAACUCUAUCACAAUUUCAAUAGAAGAAAAAUCGGAAAUCCUGGUUUAUGGUGGUCCAAGAACCACAGAACAUUCUUCGUUGCUAUGGUCGCUGAACAUGGAAGUCGUGCCACAUGGAACGAUAAUUUACAAAUAA